AGCAUGAAUGGGGGCCGUGGCAGAGCACCUGGAGCUGGGAGCCCCAUGCUCACAUCCUGCUCCUCCCAGAAUAUAUGCUCCUGGAUGGUGAACUGCUGCUUAACUCUUCAGCACCUGGCUGUGCAGAGCUCCCUGCUCUGCAUCUUCUACCUCCUCCUGCUGCCCACCCUGCCCCAGGAGCCACCUCAUGCCCAGACCACCAGCAAGCUGCUGGCACAAAGCCUCUUCGUCUGCGGCAUCUCCACAGUACUGCAGACCACCCUGGGGAGCCGGUUGCCACUGGUUCAAAUCCCAUCCUUUGAGUACUUGGUCCCUGCCAUGGUGCUGAGCUCCCACCUGUCCCGCAGUGCCAGCACAGACAGGAAUGGCACAGCCAUGGCCAGUACGUGCCUCGUACCUCAUUGCAGAGACACAGAGAGCUGGGCUGACUCACUGCAAGAGAUCUCUGGAGCAGUGCUGAUCUCUGGGCUGAUUCAGCUGAUGUUUGGAGUGUCUGGUGUGUGCGGGUGGGCAGCGCGGCAUUGCGGGCCCAUGGUCCUGGCCCCCAGCCUCUCCAUCAUCGGCCUGUCUGCAUACAAGGAAGCUGCCUUCUUCUGCUCCACUAACUGGGGUGUAGCACUGCUGCUCAUGCUCCUUGCUGUCACCUUCUCCCAACACCUGCGGUCCUGCCGCCUGCCCUUCUGUGCCUGGCCUCGUGCUCGGGAGGGCUCCACAGAAUAUUCAGUUCCCACCCUGCGCACAUUCUCGGUACUGCUCCCAUUUGCUGGUGUCUGCAGUGUCUGUGCCAUCCUCAGCUACUUCCGCAUUCCCUGGGAAUCACUGGAUGUGGCCAUGGCACAGUUGUCCUGGGCCAACAGCACCUUCAAUGCCCCUUGGAUCCACAUCCCCUCUGCAGGAGAGUGGAGGUGGCCGCUGUUCACCCCCCGGGCGCUGGCAGUGGGCAUCGCCAUGGCCAUCGGCUGCAGCAUGAACUCUGUGGGCUGCUACGUGCUGUGUGGGAGGCUGCUGCGAGUCCCCCGGCUACCCCCUCAUGCCUGUAACCGAGGGCUUUGCAUGGAAGGGCUGGGCAGCCUCCUGGCGGGACUGCUGGGCACCCCGGGCGGCACGGCCUCCAGCAUUGCAAACACCUGCGCCACCGGCCUCACGCAGGCUGGCUCUCGCCUCUCAGUGCAAAUAAGUGGCCUGGUGUGCAUGGUGCUGGGCAUGUCCCCGAGGCUGGCAGGGCUCCUCACCCACAUCCCACUGGCAGUCCACGGAGGGGUGCUUUGUGUAACCUACGCCGUGGCUGUGGGCACGGGGAUCUCCUACUUCCAGUACACAGACAUUGACUCGGGGAGGAACAUCUUCAUUGUUGGCUUUGCCAUGUUCAUGGCACUGUUGGUACCGCGGUGGUUCAGCACGGCGCUGGCUCCCCUGGCCACAGGCUGGGUGCCACUGGACCUCCUCUUCCUCUCCCUGCUUAUGGCCCCUGUCUUCUUAACUGGCUUCUUGUCAUUUUUUCUGGAGAACACGGUCUCAGGAACACUGGAAGAACGAGGGCUGCUUUCUGAGCAGCCAUGGAAAGCCAGAGCUGGUGACUGUCACCUCCAUGGACAGAGAGGGGAAGCCAGUCAAGCAUAUAAGCUUCCCACUGGGCUAGGGAGGCUGCUGCCGUCUUCCUGCAAAGCCUUCCCAUGCUGCUUCCUCUGCCCGAGGAGUGAGGAAGAGGAGGAGGGCAGCUGUGCCACCGAAGAGGGGACUGCUGCCCCAGGGGAAGGGACACACCUACUCCCCAAACUCAGCUCUGGGGAGCUGCAGGCAGCAAUAAGGCCAAGCCAGACAGACAUGCCUGCAUGGCACACUGUGGCCUGACCCUGUCAUCUGGGGGCUCAUGUGAAAACAGGGCUGUGCCCUCAAGGCAACUCGUGAGCCACUUUGCUCCUCAUUUCUGAAGUCCUCGAGGAAUGGAGGAACCUGAGCUUCUACCCCCCUAAUACAAUCCUAAUUUC